AUGCACAAUGAUCUACGGUCCGCCAAUAUUAUAGUCGACAAUGACCUGAUCAUUGUCUCUGUAUUGGACUGGGAAUGGAGCUACACUGAUCCUGUACAGAUGUUCGUGCCUCCAUACUGGCUUGAUGGUCUUGAGCUGGUAGGAACUGCAAAAAUGCCUGACCGGCUGAUCUAUGAAACUUUUGUGUUCAACUUUGAGAUGGAAACAAGACAACGCGAGAAAAAUAUCAUCCUGAGUGCCGAUAUCUGGAUCAGCUCCCGCUGA